UUUCAUUACUCGACGACAGACAAACCACCACAACUCGCCUGCCUGAAGCUGCUUCCGUCACUGCCCGCUCGUUUAUAGAGGCAGUCUCUGCCAAUUUUCUCCUUCGCCGUAUCCCUGUUCGGAAGGCCGAUUGUUCUCUUCGUUCCAGAAUAAAAGAAAAGACGCAAGCAUGGCUGGUGGUGCGGCCAAGUACCGCCAUUUGAGUCGCAGUUCGGCACAUCGACAGGCUCUACUUCGAAACCUGGUCACGUCUCUUUUCAAACAUGAGUCCAUCACGACGACAUGGGCCAAGGCCAAGGAGGCACAGCGUCUGGCCGAGAAGUUGAUCACCUUGGGCAAGAAGAAUACCGAGGCCAGCAGGAGGAAGGCAUUGGAAGUCUUCUAUACUCCGCACGAUCUCAUGCCUAAGCUAUUCGGUUCCCUCCGUGAACGCUACGCAGAUCGUCCAGGCGGUUAUACAAGAGUGCUGCGCGUUGAACCCAAAAAGGAUGAUCAGGCACCCAGUGCCAUUCUCGAGCUCGUCGACGGACCGAAAGAUAUGCGGUUUGCCCUGACGGCGCGAACCCUAGCGCGGCAACGAUCUCAGGGAUUCGAGACGCUGAACGAGCUAACUGCUAUGAACGUCCGGAAGGUGACGCGGUACAGGAAGGGCGGCAUUGAGGAAUUGGAGACGGCUAUCGAAAAGCUGCAAGUUACAGAGAAGAAAGCCCCAGUCUCUUCCAGGAGGGCAGAGCCAGAAGGAAAAGAGGACAAGGCGGAGGCAUAGUUACGUCUUCCCCUCUUUCCAACUACCUGUAAUUCUACUUGUUCCUUGUGCCGAUACUUGGAUGUUCUUAGACCUUCCCUUGUUUUUCGCGCCGUGGCUUUGUGUAUUUCCCUUGUGGCGGAGUUUUCUCACGGUUCUCUUUGACAUGUUGAAUAAUCAAUCCAUGUAUAUGAAGGAAAGAAAUUGAAAAGUAAAAAGAAAUCAAAGUCCUAUAUAAGCAAUUUUAUUGUGG